AUGGAUGAUGUUCUAUCACAAACGACUCAGUGUGUUGCAAACUGGCACAACUCCAACUACGGAACGAAAAUGGGGUUAUCUACGUUCUACUAUUCGAUGUGGUAUAAGUGCCCAGGCUGGGGCAGCGUCUCUGAGACACUCGAAAAGGUCAAGACCUUUUACGCGGAGGAUCACUUGAAGGACGCACCACCUGUGGCGGGCGCGCGGGAAGGCUUGCGUACGCUCGCACAGUUGGGCUAUCGGCCGGUCAUCGUAACUGCCAGGAUGUUUGAAGACGAGUACCACAGUACAAAGUCCUGGUUGAAACAACAUUUUGACUCUGUAUUUAGUGCGGUCAUUUUCUCCAGACAACCUGAGGAUCGGGCAAUCAGAGACGACGAGACAAACUGCACGUAUAUCUCAUCCACCAAGAGUAAAGCAGAGAUAUGCUCGGCGUUGAAUGCUGUAGCACUCAUCGACGACUCGCUAGAGACAGCUCUGGCGUGUAGCGAUUCCGAGAGCGCGAACUUUCGAGUCAUAUUGUUCGGUGCAUAUGAAUGGAACCAACGACGUGACGAAGGUGGCCCUUGGAGCUUUGAUGAGAAGAUGAUCGACAUGGAAGGUCGACAAUGGUGGGAAGACGAUGAUGUUGACAUCUCUGAGUUGAAGAUGGUCUCGAGAGCGAACGACUGGGAUGAGGCUGUAAGGCAAGUGCGCUCCUUGCAGUAA